UUAUCCAGAUUACAGGAAGUGGUGCAGCUCUGUGUUUUAUGUUAUAAACGGUUUUUACGUGUGCGCGUGUGUGUGUGUAUGUAUGUGAAAAGACACGUGAUCAAACCGGUUUAUAAACAGUUUAUGGUUCAAACACAUCAACACUCUUCAAGCUUCCGGUUUGUGUUGUUUUUCUUCUUCUACGCUUUAACUGCGACAAAGAGUGAAACAGAAGAUGUUUACAUGAGAGAUGAUGCCAAACUGAGGGGACGUGAUGGACAGUGUCAAAACAAGCCUUGUGAGUCGGCCUCAGCGGAUCAGUGAAACAUCCAAGGUGUUCCGAUGGGCGGAGCAGGGGGCGGAGCUUCUGCGCGGCCUGGACGAGCAGCGGGGGCUCUCUCACUUCUGUGACGUGGUGCUGGUGGCCGGUGACCUCCGGCUCCCGGCUCACCGCGCCCUGCUCGCCGUCUCCAGCCCGUACUUCCACGCCAUGUUCACCCUGGGCAUGAGGGAGGAGCAUCAGGAGGAGGUGGAGCUGGUGGGGUUGUCCUGCCUCGGUGUGAAGGCUGUGGUCGACUUCCUGUACACCGCAGAGCUGCCAUUGGACGGAGGGAACAUUGACUCUGUGCUGGAAGCUGCUCACCUGCUGCAGGUGUGGCGAGCGGUGGACUUCUGCUGUCAGUACCUGGAGCAGGAGGUGAGCGAGGAGAACUACCUGCACCUGCAGGAGCUGGCUCUGUUCUACAGCCUCGAGCGCCUGGACUCCUUCAUCGACCGCUUCGUCCUCGCACGUUUCGCCACGCUCUCUCUCACCCGGGACUUUCUUCUCAACAUCCCUCUACACAAACUCAGCUGCUACCUCGCCAGCAGCCAGGUUCAGCACGACAGCGAGCAGGCGCUCCUCCAGGCGGCCGUGCAGUGGCUCAGCCAGACUCCCGAGCGGACGGCCCACUCCUCCCAGCUCCUCUCCCACAUCCGCUUCCCUCUGAUGCCGGCGGGCGACCUGGUCAACCCGGUGCUGUCGGCGGUGCGGUCGCUCCUGCCGGGGGGGGCUGGCUGCGAGGCGCUGGUGGAGGAGGCUCUGGAGUACCACGCCAAUCCCAGCGCUCAGCCGCUCCUGCAGAGUGGACGCACCGCGCUGAGGGGGGGGCUGGAGCAGCUGCUGCUGAUUGGAGGAGAGGUGUCGGAGUUCGGGGAGGAGCUGAGCGCCAACGUCUGCCGGCUGGCCGGUGAAACAGAGAAGUGGGAGGUGGAGACGGAGCUGCCGGGCCAGCGGAGCCACCACUGCCUGGCGGUGCUGGGCGGCUUCAUCUUUGCUGCGGGCGGCAGCUCAUCCAGGGACAAUGGUGGAGAUGCUGCCUGUAACCUCCUGUACAGAUACGACCCCCGACACAACCAGUGGACCAGGGGGGCGCCGAUGAACCAGCGGCGGGUGGACUUCUACCUGGGGGCAGUGGGACAGUGUCUGAUCGCUGUCGGUGGAAGGAACGACACCGGAGCUCUGUCCUCGGUGGAGGUUUACUGUCCGGCUGAGGACUGCUGGUCCUACGUGGCAGAACUGUCCCGGUUUACCUACGGUCACGCUGGCACCGUCCACCAGGGGGUGGUCUACAUCUCGGGCGGCCAUGACUUUCAGAUCGGGCCGUACCGCAGAGAGGUCCUGAGCUAUGACCCGUCUCAGGACGGGGAGGUGUGGGUGGAGUGCCGGCCCAUGUCUGUGGCCCGGGGCUGGCACUGCAUGGCCUCCCUCAACCACCUCAUCUACGCCAUCGGGGGCAGCGACGACCACGAGGACACCACCGAGCGCUUCGACAUCCUGCAGGUGGAGUCCUACGACCCGCGCAGCGCCCAGUGGACCCGGGUGGCCGCGCUGCUGCUGCCCAACAGCGAGGCGGGGCUCGCAGUGUGGGCCGGCAGGAUCUACGUGCUGGGGGGCUACAGCUGGGAGAGCAUGGUGUUCUCCAGAGCCAUGCAGGUGUACGACCCCGACAGAGGGUCGUGGUCCAGAGGGCCCGACCUGCCCAAACGCAUCGCAGGGGCCUCGGCCUGUGUUUGCACCGUAAAGCCCUCGACUUCAUCAUCAUCAUCAUCAUCAUCAUCAUCAUCCUCUCCGGAGAAGAAGAAGAUGGGACAAAGAGUGAGAGGAAGAUCAAACCCUGUGUAACGACGAAGGACUUUCUAUUUGUCCAGAUCGAAGCAUCAGCUCAGAACAGAACCAGCACAGGAGGAAUCUGCUCAGACACUUCUGAUGACCUGAGGAGGUUCUGCUCUGAACCCGAGGAGGUGAAGUCCGGUUCACUGGAGGAUCUGGAGCAGAAUCAAGGACCAGAGCUGAUCUGGUGGAAGAAGAGUUGGUGUCUGAGUUUUAAAUAGAACCCAUCACCUCCAUCAGGGAAUCACAUGACCUGAGGGACGGAGGUGGAGACAGAUGAUGGGUGAAGUGGUCGUCUCUCCUGUGUCCUGUCCUCUCAGGACGUCUGUCCUACUCAACAGAGGAAGUUGUCUUUCUGUGGACGGAGCUGUUUCGUCUUUUAGUCGUUAUCUACUGCAGGAGAGAGAGAGGGGACUGUGUCGGGCCGAGCGAGGAUCAACAUGAAUCAAACUGAGUUUAGUUUUAAACCAUGAAAACCAGAUCAACAGCCUCGACCGGAGCAUUUUGAUAACUGACUGUAAUAAAAUAUGAAACGUGUCUCAACUGUCAAACUGCUUUUAAUUAAACACAAUCUGGUGUCAACAGAAACACACUUGACUUUGUUCAUAACAGGGAAACACAAAGAGAUGAUCUGUAUGUUCUUUACAUUCUUAUUUGUAAACUGGAUUCUCUUCACAUUUCAUCAGGUAAACGAGUCACCGGUGGAUUUCAGUGUGUGAUGCUGGAGGGAGGAGACGUUCUGAGUGUUUCCUAUUGGUCAAAUCAAAUCACAUGAUCUGCUGCACUGAGACGAGCUGGACUUUGACCUCAGGGCUGCAGAGUCACGUCCCUGGAAGGUGAACGUUUGAGUGAAGCUCCAGUUUGUCGUCUUUUCUCUCUCUCCGCUGGUGGAAGCCUCACACAAAGGGAUAGUACGGAUGAGACUUGACUCUGAGGAACACAACACACACACACACACACACACACACACACAGACACACACAGUGAAUCUCUGCAUCGAACACGAGGCUGAAGCUACAGAGGAGGUUGUGUUGACUUACUCCUCAAACAGGAAGGCCUUCCAGCCCCGGUCCAGAGCUCUCAGGGCGCUCAUGUCUUCUUCAGACAGACUGAAGUCAAAGAUCUGCAACCCAGCAGCAGGGACACAGGCUGGUUCAACCAUGUGACUACUUCCACAGGCAGCUCUUUGUGUGUUCAUGUGUAUAGUGUGUAUAAUAUGUAAUAUUUGCAGCAUCUAUAUUUGCGAGGAGAGUUACCUUUGUGUUCUCGAGAAUACGAUGAGGUUUGUCACUCUUUGGAAUAACAGCAACACCCUGCUGUAUGUGAUACCUCAGCAACACCUGCCACAAUACAACACUACUGUCAACGACAAAGUAAUACACACAAAAUACACGUACACACAUACAUGUACGCACAGCACAGACACCUGCACUGACCUGUGCUGAGCUGUGUCUGUGCUUUUUGGCAAUUUCUGUAACGACUGGGUCGUCCAGGAGUUUAUGAGGAUCAGUGUCUCCGUUAAACCUGAGACAGACAAAACAAAAGAAAACACACAACAGCUUUAUUCAUGACAAUCUGAAUAUUGUUGGGCUCAAAACCAAACAAUUAAAUAAAGGGAAUUACAAUAUGUA